AUGCCUCAGUUGCUGCAAAACAUUCACGGGAUCAUCGAAGCCUUCGGAUGCUAUGCCAGGUCAGAGGGUGACUGCAAAGUGCUCACUCGUGGGGAGCUGAAGAGGCUCCUGGAACAUGAGCUUGCUGACGUCAUAGUGAAUCCCCAUGAUCCCUCCACGGUGGAUGAAGUCCUGCGCCUGUUGGAUGAAGAUAACACAGGGACUGUAGAGUUCAAAGAAUUCCUAGUCUUGGUGUUUAAAGUUGCUCGGGCCUGCUUUAAGACACUGAGUGAGAGUUCUAGGGGUGCUUGCAUGUCCGACAUGUCUGAAUGCUGUUCUCCUGGGUCCUCGAAAGAGCUGGAACAAGGCCAGAGAGGUGGCACUGGAGGGGGAAGGGAUGGAGCAGAGCAGUGCUUUGAGGACAGCAGCAGUGGACAGAGGGAUCAGGUGUCUAAAAAACAGGUCAGGGUAGGGACACACACCCAAAGUCAGGACAGCUACCCUACACAGGGUAGCAGUCACGACAGGGAGCUUGAGUCUCAGAGACAGGAGAUGGUAAGCCAGCAAACACAAGUGACAGGACAGGUGGCGCAGACCCCGAGAAGAGAAGACAAGACUUGGACCAGAGAGAGGAGGUCAGAGAUGCCGUCACAGAUUAGCCAACAGACAGAGGAGGCCGCAGCUGGACCCACAACUCAGACCCAAGGAGGCCAGGACAGAGGAACUAACAGCCACAGCCAAGACAGGAGCCAGGCAGACCAAGCUGCUACACAACACUACCAGACACAGACAGGGUCUCAUACUCAGAUACACACCCAGACGGUAGAACAGGGCUGGAGGCAGCAGACAGGAAGUGACAGAAUCCAGACACAGGGAUCCAUCUAUGAGACUCAGGGCCAAGAUAGGAACCAGGCAGGCCAGGCUGCUGAAGAACACCAACAGGAAAAAUCAUAUACUCACACCCAGACCACAGAACAAAGCAGGAGUCAGCAGGCAGAAAAUAGCAGCAUCCAGACACCUGGGUCCAUCUAUGACCAAAACAGAAGGACUGAGAUCCAUGGGCAAGACAGCAGUCAUGCAGAACAGGUAGGGGCAGGACACUUCCAGACACAGACUUUGGAGCAUGAUAGGAACCAGUCUGCAGGUCGGGUAGGGGCUCCAGAAAAGGGACAGGCUCAGAUACAGUCAGGCAUAGUGCAAAGCUGUAUACCAGAAAGCAACUAUGAAACAGAAGAGCCAGGACUAGGAGGUCAGGUUCAGUCUAAGACAAGCACUGUGAAAGAAAGACCAGACUGGAGCAGUAAUCACCCAAGUCCAAAGGGAGGGCAGGGACAGAGGGUACCCACUGUGAUUAGAGAUGAGUGGGUCAAUGACCACACGAGGGAAAUAGUGAUCCGUAGCCAGGAUCCGGGUAGCCUGCACUCUCGUGCUCCCUCGGCUCAGGGCCAGGAUGCAGCACGGAUGGAGGAGAAGAAAGGAAUCGAAGCCAAGGGGCAAUAUUCCUACUUGAAGACAGACCAGCCAUGA